AAUCAUAACAAAAAGAAACCAAAACACAAAAAAAAACAAAACAAAAAGAUGGUCCUCUUUGCUUUAACUUCAUCUUCUUCUUCUUCAAAGCUGAAACAACAUUCACACCGGAGCUUCUCUGAGUCUCUAAUGGAAGAUAGCAUCGAAGACGCUGAAGCCAUCAUUCACCAAUGGAUUUCGCCAGACUCUUCUUCUUCUUCUUCCUCUUCUUUCUGCUGCACCUUCUCGCUUUUCUCCAACAAAAACAGAGAAGAAGCUAAACAAUUCAUGGGAGCUGUCACGACCUUACACUCCGCAAUGGUCAAGCUCAUCUCCGCAAAUCCAGCAUCAACGAAGCUUAUCAGAGCAGAGAGUCUACUAAAGACCUCCAUGAACCAUCUAUCCAAAGAGUUCUACAGAAUCCUAAAAUCAAACCGACGCUACCUCGAUCCAGAAUCCGUCUCUGCUCGCUCUCGAAACUCUUCAAGAAACGCCUCAAAAGAAGAUGAUGAUGCAGAAGCCAUGGCGGAUUUGAAGAUGAUCGCCGACUGCAUGACGUCAUCAGGAUACGGCAAAGAAUGCUUCACGAUAUACAAAAAGAUCCGUAAGUCGAUCAUCGUCGAAGCUUUGGAACAGCUCGGUUUCGAGAAUCUAACUCUCUCGCAGGUUCAGAAACUCGAGUGGCAGAGUACGGAGAAGAAGACCAGAGUAUGGUUACGAGCGGUGAGAAAAGCCGUUACGACUCUGUUUUUCGGCGAACGGAUCCUCUCCGAUCACGUCUUCUCUUCCUCAGCCGCGAUUCGUGAAUCGUCAUUCGCUGAAAUCACUCUGCAAAGUGCUUUAGCUCUGUUCUCUUUCCCGGGGAACGUGGCGAAAUCUCGGAAAACGCCUGAGAAGAUCUUCCUCACUCUCGACGUUUACCAGUCGAUCGUCGAGCUUAUGCCGAGAAUCGAAGAAGUUUUCAGUUAUGAUUCGACGUCUUCCGUCAAAUCGCAGAUCGCCGGAACCCUAGCGAACCUCGAGGAAGCGGUGGUGUCGAUGAUCGACGAGUUCGAGUCGUCGAUUUCCAACGAAUCUUCGAAAUCGGUUAUCUCCAACGGCGGAAUCCACCAGCUUACAAGAUACGUAAUGAACUACAUCGUCUUCCUCGCCGAUUACAGCGAUACGCUCGCUAACAUCAUCCCCGAAACGUCGUCGUUCGCUUCACCAGAAGAAGAUGAAUCCACGUCAUCAUCAUCAUUAUCAUCCCCGCUUGCGAAACGAAUCUCGUGGCUGAUUCUCUUCCUACUCUGCAAAAUCGACGCGAAGUCUCGUCUCUACAGCGACGUGGCUCUCUCGUACCUCUUCUUAAUCAACAAUCUCCACUACGUCGUGGUUAAGGUCCGUACGUCGAAUCUCAAGGAGGUUUUGAGCGAGGGUUGGCUGGAGAAGCACGAAGGGAAGUUGAAGAAACACGUCGCGAAAUUCGAGGAGAUCGUUUGGGGAGAGCUGAUGACGUCACUUGCGACGGCGGACGAGGAAGAAGCGGAGGAGUUCGUUAGACGGUUUAGUGACCGGUUCGAGGAAGUGUAUAAGAGGCAAACCGGUUGGGUUGUACCGGAUUCGAAACUGAGAGAUGAAAUUAAAGUCUCGGCUGCUAUGACGCUUAUACCUGCUUACACGGAGUUUUACAAAAGGUAUCGGGUCGGGUUGCGGAAGAAUGUCGGGGUUGCCCCUGAAGAUAUUGGGAAUUAUAUCUCGGAUCUGUAUUUUGGGUCGGGUGAAUCAGGGUGCGUUUCUUCUGUUCAUUCUUCGGUUUCGUAUGUUUGAUAUUAGCCAUGUUCGAAAAUUGUUAGGCGUUAUUCGUACGUUUAGAUUGGAUCUAGUGAGUUGGAAAAAAAUCAAAGUAUAUUCAGAGAUUAACCGAAGAUUUAUUUUGUGUUAUUUUAAAAUUAAAUAUUAUUAGAUGUAGUAAUAUUUCGAGUAUGUAAGCAUUGUCUAGUGGUUUGUUGGCAUUUAUUUUUUUGGCAGUCUUGGUUCGAAUAC